AACAGAGAUAAAUUACUGAGAUUUUGUUUAUCAUCAAAGAUAAAGUACAUUCAUUUUUAUCGGAAAUAUUGGUGAACUAUCGAAAUUAUUUUAUAUAGGGUUUACAUAGUAAUAUUCUUCGAAAGAAACUCUGAACUUCGUGAUUGUUUAGUUUACAAAUGAUGAUAAUUAAGUGUGCAGAUUUGUCAAACUAAUAUUACAUAUAAUUAUUUGAGGAAAGAAGACGAAGAUAUCGAAAUAUAGAACUUUAUCGUUUUACGUUUAUUGAGACAUUAUGACACCGAUGAGUGAUAGUAGUUCAUUACCUAAAACAAAAAAGCCAUCAGAUAGCGCAUUCAAACAGCAACGUUUACCUGCUUGGCAACCUAUUCUUACUGCUGGAACUGUGUUACCUACAUUUUUUGUAAUAGGAGUUGCAUUUAUACCAGUUGGAAUUGGAUUAUUAUACUUUUCUGAUAAAGUUAAAGAACAAACAAUAGAUUAUACCUAUUGUAAUUCUAACAGUACUAGUGGUAAAAGAUGUAUGGAUAUAAUUGCACAAAAUCGAACAGAGCCUUGUUAUUGUAAAAUAAAUUUUACAUUACCUACGGACUUUGAUGGAGAAGUUUAUAUGUAUUAUGGCUUAACAAACUUUUAUCAGAACCAUCGUCGAUAUGUAAAAUCUAGAGAUGAUAAUCAAUUAUUAGGAAUAUUAUCUGAUGAAGUAUCUGGUGAUUGUAAACCAUUUGCGUAUGAAGUUAAUGACAGUAAUAUCACAAAAGCAAUAGUUCCAUGUGGAGCUAUAGCCAAUUCUCUCUUUAGUGAUGAAUUAACAUUAUAUUCGAACAGAAAUGGACGAGAUGUACCAUUAUUGAAAACUGGCAUAGCAUGGCCUUCAGAUAAAAAUAUUAAAUUUAAAAAUCCAGAAGGUGAUUUAAGAGUAGUAUUUUCUUCAGAAAGAUUUGCCAAACCAAAAAAUUGGGAGAAACAUAUCUAUGAUUUAGACCCAUAUAAUGCAAGUAAUAAUGGAUUUCAAAAUGAAGAUCUCAUUGUAUGGAUGAGAACUGCUGCUUUACCAACGUUUAGAAAAUUAUACCGUAGGGUUGAUCAUUCUGUAAAAGGUUUUACUGAAGGCUUACUUGCAGGAAAUUAUACACUUAAUGUUAAAUAUUCAUAUUCAGUGUCUUCUUUUGAUGGUACCAAAAGAAUGAUUCUAAGUACAACAUCACUUUUGGGUGGAAAAAAUCCGUUUCUUGGUAUUGCAUACAUAGUGGUUGGAUGUAUUUGCUUAGUACUUGGAAUAGCUUUAUCAAUCAUACAUAUAAAAUAUUCCAAGAGCGUAACUGAGAUGAUUGAUGUGAAUCCAACUACAGAAAAUCACUAAGAAUAACUGGAUUUAAAAAAAAUAUUUAUUGACUUGUGUUGGGCUAACUACCUCUAUAAUGAGAUAUAAACAUAUAAUUUUGUCAUAUUUGAUCCUGCAGUAAAAAGAAGCAUUACAGUUUUGAAAUAGUAGAAAAAAUUGAUUUUUGUAAAAGUUAAGAUAUAAAUUACUUUAUAUUAGUAACAACGAAAAGGUGUAUUUAAUGAAAACACAUUUUUGUGUACAUCAAAUAUUAUCACUAAUAUUACGUGAAAUAGUUACUUUGUAUUAUAUGUUAUGAAUUUUAGAGAUUUAUAUAGAGAGUGUUUUAUACCAAAUGCUAUAUCAGAAUUAGUUUCUUCUUAGUAUUCUUAUUUAUUGAUGUAAUAUUUUAUUUUUAUGUUCUUCAUAUUUAAGUAAUACAUAUUUGUAUUAUUAUAUUGCGAGUAAAUAAUACUAAGCUAACUAUUUGAGAGAUGUUCUAUAUAUACAUACACGUAUAUAUAUUCACACACACACACACAUACAUAUUUAACUCUAAGUCAAGUAACAGAUUUUAUCCAAAGAACAUAGAUUUUAGAAGUAAAUUCUUUUCUUCCUGAUUUAGCUCUUAUUCUAAUCAAUAAUAAUCUUAAAAAUUUAUAAUGUGGCAAUAAUGCAAUUUUUCUAUACCUACAUAUUAUCUUCAUGAAUAAUUAGUAGCAUAACUUAUUAUUUAUAAGCAUUUUCAACUUGUACAAUUUCCAAUAUUAAGAAAAAUAGUAUGUGCCUUAUCUAUAGAAAAAACUAUUAAAUUUAGCGUCUUAUUUAUGUUUUUGAAACAAAGAUGCGAUUACUAUUCUAAAUAAACGAAUCUUUAAUAUUAAUUAAAAAUAUAUCUUUACUAUCAUUAUAAUAAACUCACAAGUUCAUGCUUUAAUGUACUUAUGCAGAUAUAAAAAUAUAAGCAUUAAUAAAUAUAUUAAAUGUAA